ACAGGGGCGGGCGGUGGCGGCAGAGGAGGCGGCAGCGGGUCGCGUCGGGGGCGCCUCCGGCGGACGGCGGUGGCGGCGGCGGCGCCGGGCGGGGAGGCCGGGCCUGCCGGCGUCGUCGGAGGCCCGCGGGAGCGCUGGGGCCAGGGCGGCGGCGGCCUGGCCCAAGGUCCCGGCUAUGGCUGCGGCCACCAUCGUGCACGACACGUCUGAGGCGGUGGAGCUGUGCCCGCCGUACGGCCUGUACCUGAAGCCCAUCACGAAGAUGACCAUCAGCGUGGCACUGCCGCAGCUGAAACAGCCGGGCAAGUCCAUCUCCAACUGGGAGGUGAUGGAGCGGCUGAAGGGCAUGGUGCAGCACCACCAGUUCUCGACGCUGCGCAUCUCCAAGAGCACCAUGGACUUCAUCCGCUUCGAGGGUGAGGUGGAGAACAAGAGUCUCGUCAAGUCCUUCCUGGCCUGCCUGGACGGCAAGACCAUCAAGCUGAGCGGCUUCUCCGACAUCCUCAAGGUGCGUGCUGCAGAGUUCAAGGUCGACUUCCCCACGCGCCACGACUGGGACUCCUUCUUCCGCGACGCCAAGGACAUGAACGAGACGCUGCCGGGCGAGCGGCCGGACACCAUCCACCUGGAGGGGCUGCCGUGCAAGUGGUUCUCGCUGAAGGAGUCGGGCUCGGAGAAGCCGAGCGAGGAGGUGCUGGUGCGUGUGUUCGAGCGCUUUGGUGAGAUCCGCAACGUGGACAUCCCCAUGCUGGACCCUUACCGCGAGGAGAUGACAGGCCGCAACUUCCACACGUUCAGCUUCGGCGGCCACCUCAACUUUGAGGCCUACGUGCAGUACCGCGAGUACGCCGGCUUCAUUCAGGCCAUGAGCGCGCUGCGUGGCAUGAAGCUCAUGUUCAAGGGCGAGGACGGCAAGGCUGUGGCCUGCAACAUCAAGGUGUCUUUCGAUUCCACCAAACACCUGAGCGACGCCUCCAUCAAGAAGCGGCAGCUUGAGAGACAGAAGCUUCAGGAGCUCGAGCAGCAGCGGGAGGAGCAGAAACGGCGGGAGAAGGAGGCGGAGGAGCGGCAGAGGGCUGAGGAGAGGAAGCAGAAGGAGCUGGAGGAACAGGAGCGCGAGCGGAAGCGCGAGGAAAAGCUGCGGAGGCGCGAGCAGAAGCAGCGGGACCGCGAGCUGCGGCGCAGCCAGAAGAAGCUGGAGAAGCUGCAGGCGGAGGAGCAGCGCAAGCUGCAGGAGAGGAUCCGGCUGGAGGAGCGCAAGCUGCUGCUGGCCCAGCGCAACCUGCAGUCCCUCCGGCUGGUGGCCGAGCUGCUGAGCCGCGCCAAGGCCGCCAAGCUGCACGAGCAGGAGCACAAGGAGGAGAGCCUGCGGCUGCAGCAACUGGAGGAGCGGCGGCGGCUGCAGGAGGCCGAGCUGCGACGUGUGGAGGAGGAGAAGGAGCGCGCGCUGGGCCUGCAGCGGCGGGAGCGUGAGCUGCGUGCGCGUCUGCUCAGCCUGCUGCUCAGCAAGAAGGCAGACGAGCCGCGUGCCACCGCUGCCGAGUCGGGCGCCGCCUCCCCCGCCGAUCUGCUGCGGCCGGUGCUGGACAUCCUGCACACCGUGUCCGCCUCGGCUGGCGCUGCGCCCCGGGACCGGGAGCCCGCGGUGCGGCCGGUCGCCUCCCAGAACCUGAACGGGAGCGCCGCCGCUGCCCCUGCCGCCCCCCAGGAGGAGGCGGCUCCGGGCAAGGAGGGGCAGGACCCUCGAGGCCCGGAUGAGGGCCACUCGGAGAAGAGGUGCCCCGCUGUGCUGGCCUGCAUCCCGGACAACACCCAGCAGCCCAAGGCCGCGCCUGCCGCCUGCGAGCCGAGUGCGCCCCGGAAGGACGCGCGCUCCGAGCAAGACAAGUGCAACCGGGAGCCCAGCGGGGGCGGCGGCCGGGCCGGCGGCGGGGCGGGCCGGGACGACGGCGGCGAUGGCGAGCACAGGCACAAGCGGGAGCGCAGCGUGCCGCGGCGGCGGGCAGGCAGCCGGGAGGACGGCAGGCCGCGCAGGGAGCGGCGGGCGCACCGCAAGCGCUCGCGCCAAGGCCGCAGUGCCAGCCCCGAGGAGCGCGGCCGCUCCCGCAAGUCCCGCAGCCGCAGCCGAGAGCGGCGCAGCCGGCGGGAGAAGAGCCAGAGCCGUGGCCGCGAGCGGGACCGCAGGGCUAGCUCCAGCCGGAAGCGCAGCCGCCAUCGGCGGGGCGACGACAGGCCGCGCUCGGGCUCCGCCGGCCGCCACCGCAGCGCCUGGAAUAGGUAAUGCAGGCCGCGCGCCCCGGGGCCGCCUUCCCGGAGACCGGCCGUGCCACGGGCGCCUGGGGAGCGUCCCGGUGAGGAGCGCAGGGCCCCAGGCUUUUCGUCCAGAGUAUUCAUUCUCCAGGCCGCGGCCCUAGUGCGUCGGGCUCGUGAUCACGAGCUUCGGUUUCCCAUCAAACUGUUGACCCAGUCGCUUUAAUGUCGCCGGUCCUCCCUGGAUCAGGAGAAGCUCACGGGGCUGCGAGCCUUGAGCAUCGGAGACCCCGCCGGGCGCAGCCAGACCAGCUGCGCGGCAUCGGGCCACCGCAAGGAGACGCCGUGUCCUGGCCUCAGGAGCAGAGCCAGGCCGCAGUGACGGGGACGUACCGGCUUCCAGUCCGGCAGCCACGGCCCCACCGGGCAUUAAGAGCAGGAAGCCUCUCGCUGGAGGUCUUUGGUUUGUUUUUUGUUUUUCCUGUUUUUUGUUUCGUUUUCCCCCUUUUCUGUAGGGUUAACCUGUCGGGAAUGAAGUUUGGGUGGGAUGCCAAAGGCAAGUGGCUAUUGACGCGAUUAAGUCACCGGAAGGAAGCUGCGUGCUCUGAAACACGGAAACUCUUUACGGGCGUGGGCUGGUGCAGACGGGGUACAGAAGAGUCCCAAACAUUGACUUUCUACCAAGUCAAGUCAUUCAGCAUACAGCAGAAAAGCGUCAGGUGGUACACGGGGGUCCCAAACAUUCGCUUUUUACAAACUCAAGUCAUUCAGCAUAAAACAAAAAAGCAGGCUGGUUUAAAAUUAGCUUUGGUUUCUAGUCAAGGUUAGCCUGUGUGGUUUUUUUAAGAAGCCGUUUUGCUAAAUUAUUUUUACUUGGAACGUUUCAGAUUUAAGGCUGCAAACUUGUUGAAUUUUAUAAUUGUCAGCUUCUCCAAGGGAAGCUCGGAAAUACUUAAAAAUAGCUGUAAUGUCCACCUUAGGAGAGAUGGUGUUUAUUCCAGUUUGCAUUUUUAUGGUAAAAUAAAAUCUUUUUUUCCAAUGAA